UAAUGAUAGGUAAAUUGUAUAUAAUUAUAGAUAUUUUAUAAAAUGGAACAGUAGUAAUCGAAAAAAUGAAAGAUUUCAAAAAGAAAAUCGGGAGUGGCUUUGUUUUAUUAUUAAUUUUCCGGUGUCUGUAUACAGAGACAGUAAUUUAACAGAUAUAAAUAGUUCUGAAUCUGUAGGCCGUGGUCGUCCAACUAAAACAUUCGACGAAAGUAGUGCGCGUUCAAAACGACGAAAAUGUCAACUUCUAUACAACUCAUCAAGUUUAAGUGAACUUAGUGAGACAACUUCAUAUGCGUUUAGGAAAAUAGGAAAUGAAGAUACAGCAAAAUUGGUAAAAGAAGCAUCAAACUCUACUCCAACAAGAGGAAAAAAGAUUCGUGAUGUAUGGAAGGAAAAUAAAAAUGCAUUAAAGCCGUCUAUGAUGAGUCCGGAAGUAGCUCUGUCUUUAAUUAUUGCAUGUUCGUUAUCGAAAUUCCAAUACAAUAUGCUCCGUAAAAACGCUAAAGAACAUAACCAUGAUUUAUAUCCUUCAUAUGAUCAGCUUCUUGUUGAGAAGGUAAAUGCGUAUCCUAAACAAAUUACAAUCGAAGAACAGAAAUGUGAGGUUAGCAACAUAAUUUUUGCUUAAAAAUAUAAAAUAUUGAAGUUUAAUUUUAAUUUUCAAAUUAGGUAGGUACGUUACAAUAUUAUUUAAUGCUUUUAGGUACAAUUGCAAUCUCUUUUAAAUCAUACUUCUAAAAGAAUUCUUCAAAGCCUCCCAAAGCCACUACAAAAUAUAAGCACACUUCAUUGCAAAUGGGGCUUUGACGGUACAUCAGGAUUUACAAUGUAUAAACAAUUAACUGUUGGGGCAUCACAAGACGACACCAUAUUCGUAACUUCACUAGUGCCUUUACGAGUUGUUGACAACAUUACUAAUGAAGUUGUGUGGCAGAAUCCAGCCUGUUCAUCAACAAGAUAUUGUAGACCUAUACGAUUGCAAUAUGUAAAAGAAAGCGUUGAUAUUUCUAAAAACGAAGAGAAAUACAUUUCAGAUCAAAUCAAUAGCCUUGCUAAAUUUGAAUGUGAAUUUGGUACCAUUAAUUUCAUUUUGCAAUUGACUAUGAUUGAUGGAAAAGUAUGCAAUGCUAUAACUGAAUCUUCAUCAAUGGCAUGUUAUGUAUGUGGCGCUAAAAUAUCUCAAAUGAAUGAUUUAGCUUUAAUGCGAACAAAAAUUGAUGAUCAAAGUGCAUACCGUUACGGGUUAUCCACAUUACACGCUUAUAUCAGAUUUUUUGAAUGCUUACUACACAUAAGUUAUCGUAUGGACUUUAAAGUAUGGAAAGCUAGUAAAAAAGACGGAAAAGAUAUACUAUUGAAGCAAAAAAAAUUGAAAAUCCAAAACGAAUUUCGUUCAAGAUUAGGUUUGUUGGUAGAUAUGCCAAAACAAGGUUUUGGAUCCUCAAAUGAUGGUAAUACGGCUAGAAGAUUCUUUAAAAAUUAUAAAAUUUCUGCAGAAAUUACUGGGGUUUCUGAAGAUCUUAUUUAUCACUUUUAUGUUAUUUUACAAUGUUUAUCGUCUGGUGAAAAUAUCAAUAUUGAUAAGUUCGAAGUGUAUUGUUGGGAAACGGCAAAGUUGUAUACUAAUUUAUAUAGUUGGUAUUACAUGCCACCAAGUGUACACAAGAUAUUAAUACAUGGCUCAUCAAUAAUAAAAUCGUUUGUUUUGCCAAUUGGAAUUUUGAGUGAGGAGGCUCAAGAAUCACGCAAUAAAGACAUUAAGAGGUAUAGAGAGUCUUACAGCCGAAAGUCUUCCAGGAUUAAUAUUAAUACUGACAUUUUUCAAAGGCUAUUACUAUCAUCGGAUCCUCUUAUAAGCAGUUUCAGAAAAGUUGAUAAACAUAAUAUUAAAAAACUGCUCCCAGAAGUCGAAGAUUUAUUGCUAGACAUAAAUUAUUGCAGUGAUGGGGAACCAGAAUACAUUUCAGAAUAA